AUGCUUCAGAAGCCUGCUAUCUCUGUAUUCGAACAUCUGGUCAAAUGGCAGCUAUAUCUCGAACAUGCAGCUACGAGAAUUGGUUCGCGGAUUCCAGAAGAUUGGGGUUCUCGAGUGGGGAGAUACACAUUGAUCCCCCCAUAUACUAGCGCGCAUUCCAUCGAAGAUGUGAGUGGGAUCCCCCGAUCCGACGAGGUGAUUUUGGCUGAUUAUUCUGCGAAUACAUCGUAUGGAUUUCGGGAGAUUUUGAGAUUGGUGAGAGAAGAUGGGUUGGAUGCGAGAGAGGCGUGGCAUUAUGUAUUGUUGUGGAAAGAUUAUCUUUCGGAGUCGCCGAUUGAUGAGUAUCAUGAAGCGCUGGGGUUGUGUCCGAUGGAUUUUUUCAUGCAUGUGGUCAUCCAGGGAUUCAAUCGGGGGUUUGUAGACUGGAAAAUGAGUGAGAAGUGUAAGCGAGAGUGUACUAAGUAUCUUGGUACGAGAACGAGUUAUUAUCCAUUUCCGUCUGCUGAGACGAUCGAUGCGGCAAGCGCUUUUGGUGAUGUAACAUCACAGACGCUUCGAGAAUAUUUCGGUUCGGAGAUCAGUUUGCUCGAUGAAGAAUGGGAUAUGCUUGCUGCGUUGAAAAAUGAACGGUAUUCUACAGCACGUAUUCUUCAUCUAGCCAGAAAUGUUGCGAGAGGAAUCGCCAAACUAGAUACUAUCGAUCUUAAGCCACCGUAUGACGAGUUGAAUAAUGCUCAACACAAGGAUGUAUUCCAUAGAUUGAAGUUGGAAGAAAUAGUACUUGCAGGCCAGUGCGGGCUACUUAGUACACGGGAGCACGAAGCGCUCUCGACGGAUGGAUCGAGUGUUGAACGUGUGUUGGUGGAGUAUAUGUUGAAAUGGGAGUUGGUGCCCGAGGAACGAGAUCGGAUGUUUCAAGCGUUCGAUGGAGGAGCUUCGUUGGAGAGUCUUAUGAGUUCAAGAUAG